AUGUACCCAGCCGGGCAGUAUCCGCCCGUCCCGGCAUACCCGUACUACCCACCGAUGCCCAUGCCGAACAUACCAAUGCCAAAUGCCAUGAUCAGCGCAUACAAGCAACGCUUUCCCCAUGCGCCUUACAUGUGGUAUCCACAAGGACCGCCAAACUUCAUGGCGCCACCUCCACUUCAUGGAGUUCCGAGCUCGAGCCAAGCCAGCCGAUUUCACCAGAUCCACCCCGUCUGGGAGUACUUCGAGCUGUGGAAAGAGCCGGCAGAGCCCUACAGCGAGACGAUGGCUGACUGCAAGUUAUGCGGACGGAGGUUCCCCAGAGCCAGCACCGCCACCGCGAAGGGACAUCUUAGUGGAAACCACCGACCCGAGUUUCUGAAGGUAUGUGAAGCGGAACCGGGGCAUCGACAUCACUAUGGGCCGUUUGGCAGGCCACGGGCAGUGCCUACCACCGCCGAGAUGAAGGGCCAGGGAAGUAGGACGGAGAACGCGAUGCUACAAAGCACGAGCGUCUUCCACCCGGCGAUGGAUGAAUACAAGAUCCAGGAGUACGUCAACUCGGCCCCCGUCAACGCCCAGCGGUUCGAGCCUAGCAACUUGCCAGCCGUCAAUGACAGGCCGUUCGACCAUGCCAACUUCCCCGGCGUCAGCAUCAGGCCGUACGAGUUUGCCGGCCUCAGCAUGAGGCCUUACUUGUUCAACGACCCGCCUUCCACUGGCCACAGGCCGUUCGAGCCAACGAUCUUUCCACCCGCCGACAUCAAGCUGGUCGGGCCUGCCAAUUAUCUACCCGUUAAUAUCAAACCCUUGGAACCAACCACCCCGCUUCCGAACGGCACCAAGCAGUUCAAACCCAACUCUUUGUCAACCGUCAACACCAGGCUGUUCGACCCAACGAUUUUGCCGCCGUUCAAUAAAAGUCCCGUCGAGCCUACCCACUAUGCUCCUGCCAAUACCGAGGGGUUCGAUCCAGCCAACCCGGUUCCCAUCGACACCAAGCAGUUCGCGAGUCCCGACUUGCUAUACAGCGACAAGAAGCUGUUCAGCCCCCACAACCUGCCACCGAUCGACACGAAAUCAUUUGGGGAAUCCAAGCCACGCAGCUCGGUGCAAAUGAGCCCGAUAUCAAUGGAUUCCCCCGCAUCGCCGCGUUUCUUCAAAAUUGAAGCGAAGCUCGAAGCCGAGGAAAUGGAGAGGAAGGCCGAGCCCAAAAUCAACGACGAGGAGAUGGAGAACUUGUUGAAGAUGUUCACGAAGAGGCACGAUGGGUUCUACGAAUGCAACCUAUCGCCAAAAGCCCAACCCACAGUCGCAGAAUCAAGUCCACUUUGCGUCGAGCUUAUAAGACCCUCGUCCACGCCAGCAACUAGCCACCUGAAGGGGCUCCGUCCAACUUUGGGUUGUGCUUCCGAGGAAAAGCCGUACGUCGCCAAAGAGGCCAAGCCUAUUGGGAAUGACCAGCUGGACGAGCAAAAACGCCGGAAAAUUCAUCGCGGCCAUCCGGUCUGGCAAUAUUUCCGGUUGUGGCACCAACCAGAACUAUCCAGAAGCUCCUCCAACGCGUUUUGCAAACUGUGCAGGAAGUUCACGAUCCCAUACGCCAAAGCGAGAGAUGCCCAACGACACCUGAAGAACAUACAUCCAGAAGAGUACAAAAAGAUUCAUGGAGUGGCGAAGAGUAGCAAUAUCGGAAGGAGAGGAAAACUGCGGAACGUUCAGUCUGUCGCUACCACGGGCAAUUCAGUGAAACAGCAAAUUGUGCCCAGCGCGCUAGAAGCCGCUUUGGAGCUUAUCAUCGUUCACCCAGUUGGCGAACGGCUACAGGAGGAGCCUCCCUCUCCGAUCAAGCUCGAUUCCAUCUCGACCGAAUCGGCUAAGCCGGGCCCCAUAAAGCGGCGGAAGGCGAUACGAGGGAAAAUGAACUUGCUGAGGCUGUUCACCAGGAGAGAUGAUGAGCUCUACGACUGCAACCAAUGUACCUUCCGGUGUUCCUACGACCUGAAUGCUCUCCGGGCCCACCAGAGUGGCACGCACCGAAUUGACCAGCGGCCUCCAAUUGCGACGAUCGACGGCUACUUUUUCGACUCUAAAACAUACUCUACUCUUCAG